UAUUGCCUAUUGCAAAAUACUAGUAAUCUGUGGCCUAUUGUUUCCAAAAUAGUAAACAACCACAGAGUACUUUAUUAUAUGUAAACAACUUUUUCGUGUUUUUACUCAUAAAGAAGUUGGUCGUUAAAAUUAAUUUUAAUUUAACGGAACAAUACGUUAAUUGUACAUUUAAGCCAUGUUUGAAGUGUGCAAUAAAAUUAUUUCCUAAGUACCUAUAUACUUUGUUAACAUGAAUAUUCUAAGUUUGUUGUUGUAUUUUAUGAUAACUUUAAUUCUAAUCAAAACAGAACCGAAUAUUCCAGUAGUAAUAACGACAUGGAACUUCGUAAAUGCUACUAUUGCAGCUUGGAACGUCUUGAAGCAUGGAAGACCGGCAUUAGACGCGAUAGAACACGGAACUUCUGUGUGUGAAGCGCAGCAGUGUGAUGGUACUGUAGGUUUCGGUGGCAGUCCUGAUGAACAUGGGGAAACAACUUUAGAUGCUCUCCUUAUGGAUGGGAGGACAAUGAAUGUUGGUGCCGUUGGUAAUUUAAGAAAAAUAAAGCAUGCCGCAUCAGUGGCUAGACAUGUAUUGGAGCACACAAAACAUUCAAUACUCGUGGGGGAGCUGGCCACAGAGUUUGCGGUGCAAAUGGGAUUUCAGGUGGAGCCGCUUAGUACACCACACUCAAAAUCAAUGUGGCUCAAAUGGUAUUUCAAUAAACAUUGUCAACCAAAUUUUUGGCUGAAUGUUAUACCAGAUCCAAGUAAGUCAUGCGGGCCCUAUCAGAAAUUGAAGGAUAUUAAAAUGAAGGAUAAUGAUUGGAUAUCUAUGGAAGUGCCUAAGUUUAAUCAGUUUAACCAUGACACAAUUGGAAUGAUAGCCAUAGACAAGAAAGGAGAUGUAGCAGCUGGGACCUCCACUAAUGGAGCCAAGUUCAAAAUACCUGGGCGAGUUGGUGAUUCCCCUAUACCCGGAGCUGGUGCUUAUGCUGACAAUACAGUUGGUGGUGCCACAGCCACUGGCGAUGGAGAUGUGAUGUUGAGAUUCCUGCCAAGCUUUCUGGCCGUUGAAGAAAUGCGUCGUGGUGCCACACCAACCGAAGCUGCAAGAACCGCAAUUACCAGAAUUGUGACCCACUAUCCUAAUUUCAUGGGAGCAGUAAUCGCUCUAAAAAACGAUGGUCAAUAUGGUGCUGCUUGUCAUGGUUUAGGAGAUGAACCUUUUCCUUUUGUAGUACAAGAUGUAACAAUGAAGAAAUACAAAAUUGUUAAUGUCAAUUGCUCUUGGCCCUUUCAAAUGGACUCGAAAACUAAAACGUGAUUUAUAAUAAAAAUAUAUUUUUAAUACUG